UUCACACUCAUCCGAGCCUCCAAGCUACUCGGGUCACCUCAAAUUCACGUUUUCUAUGACCAUGCGUUGUCUCCUCGUGGUGGUGGUGGUGGUGGUGGCGGCCGUGCAUGCUCGAUACGCCCCUACGAGAGAUCAUAACAUGGACUGGAGGGCAAUGAUAUCAGGGAACCAGCAGUUUAAAGACGCCAGGAUCUUGUAUUCCCUGAUGAACAAUGAUCCGGAGCUAACGUCGCUGGAGAAGAGAGAAAUGGUUGGAUUUGACAGCAGUGAGAGGGCAUUUGAAGGGUUCCAGCACCCAUUCUACUACCACCAGCGACAGCAACAGACAGCGGCAAGAGAUCCUGUUGUGUUCAGCCGUCUCAGCGCUCUCACAGGCGGAGUUCCGUUUUCUAGAAGUUCCCUCAACGAUAUGAGUCUCGGGGCGUACCAGCAGCAAGUCCCCGCCGUUCCCCAGGGCCCCUCCCACCCACACAAGGAUGUAGCUAUGGGUGGCAGUGUUUAGGAUACCAUUGUGAUGAUUGUGUUUCCUCCUCCGCCUCUUCUUCUUCCUCUUCUUCCUCCUACUGAUUCGUUUUCUUCGUCUGCUGUUUCUCCUCUUUCUUGUUUCCUCUUUUUUUUAUUGUAGUCUUCUUUAUUCUUGUUCUUAAUGGUUGUUCUUGGUUGUUCUUUUCCUUCUUCCUCUUCCUCUUUCUCUUCUUGAUUUCUCUUGAUUUUUUUUUCUUCCUCUUCUUCUAUUCACUACUACUACUAUUAUAAGUGGCCUCUCACUCCUCGUCCUCCUCUUGGUCUUCCUCCUCCUCCUCUUCUUCUUUACUCAUAAGACACAAAAACUAGAGACACAAAACGGAAAGUCUACAUUUUCUUCAUUUUCUUUAAGUAUCCCCUAUCAACUCCGUUUUCUCUCUCAGACGUCACUAUUUUUUAUCGCCACUCGCUGUAUUAGACAUAGAAAACGUGUGUCGUGUUUGUAAUCUAGCUUGUAACCACCAGAUCUCCUCCUGCUCCUCUUCCUCCUCCUCCACGUCGCGGCCUGACCUAACCGGAGCCAAACCAAGCCAAUAAGCCCUCCCAAUCUUGUAUUUUACUGUAAUAAUACACUACAAGGCGGUACAUUAA